AUGUCCACCUUUUCCACCUUGGUUUUUUUGGACGAGACCUGGCAACAGCAACCCUCUGCCAUAGCAACAACGGCGUUUGUCACAAGGAGACAGCAUCUGACAGGUUCAUUCGACACUCGCAACCACAUCUCGCGUUGUUUGGUUGGUGUACUCGGUGGACCGAGUUGUCUCCCAGCCUGCCUAAUCCUCAUCUCAUCGCGGCUCGGCUCUUUCCGCUUCAUUGAAUCGUCGUUUUCUGUCGACGAUCCCGGCCAGUUCCGGUGCAAAGUGAACCUCAUCUGGUCGGUCUCGACUGGGUCCCAUCAUGGCAUCGUCGAAUGUCAUUGCUUCUUCCUUUUGCGGCGUGCCUCGCCGCUUCGACUCGUCCACGGCGGGUCACAGUGUCUGUCAUGGUCGCCCAAUCGACGGCAGAUCACAGAUCCGUCGGAGAUGCGCUGCGAAACUGGGCUUCCAAAGCUCUCUCGAGAUGGCAUUAUCGUGGAGAUUUACUUUUCUGGAUCUCGAGCAACCGGUUGA